GUCAUCGCCGUUUGUUGAUGUCUCCUCACAGCAUGUCCGACAGCUUGUCUGACUGACUCUUUCUCUUCGGUGGAGGCUCGACGUUUCCGCAUUGCUGCGUUUGUCAACGCUGUGACCAGUUUAUAAAGUUAGCUCUCUUUCUCUAUUUUUUUCCCCCUGCUUUGAUACCGGAUGGAUUGCUCCGUUUGAGUCCCGCUAAAACGUUGUGCGGAAGAUUUUUUUUGGCCACCUUCUCCCAGUUUGUCCGCAUACUGUAGCGUCUUAUUAGGAUCAACGAGGCAAAUAUAAGUAUGCACUAAAAUACACGUUUUAAAGCGUUUUGUUUGGCGGCAAGAGAGGGAAAAAAAGUUGCAAGUCGAAGGAGGAGGAUUAUGCGCUGAACGCUGAACAUUUCUGGAAAACAGGUUACUGAAGUGGAGAUAAACUCCAGUGAGGUCAACUAGGAGUCCUAUCCGCCCAAUACCGGCCUCCAACCCCUGCUUCAGACACUUCCCCUCCCACACAACAUAAUGGAUCUAAAGGAUCGAAGACAUCACUCCCUGACCUGCUCCAAGGACGCCCCUUACAACACCUCAUCCCUGGAUGCAGAGGACUGUCGCGUGCCGACCCAGAAGUCAUACAGUUCCAGCGAGACGCUCAAGGCUUUUGAGCACGAGCAAAGACUUCACUACAGUGGCUGCGUGACUGACCUUGUUCACCACGAGGCUGAUGAGUACCCAAGACAAGGCCUCCUGGAGUUUUCUCCCGUCCUUCGAUACUUCAUCUCAGUGGGAGGAAGACAACCGAAGAAGAAGGCAACUGGGGGGAACUUUACCCUGGCUGAACUGGGAGUAUGCAAUCAAACACCUGCCCCUCAUCCUGCCGCUGUCCCCUACUGUUCUGAACUGGGGCUCCUCCAAAGAGGCUAUUCCCUCAGUGCCGGCUCUGAUGCAGACUCUGAUCCAGACGGCCCCCUGUCACCGGACAGAGCCAUCCAGCUUUGGGCUGGAGGAGGAAGGGUAAAGUCCCGUCGCAGCUCUGGAGUGUCAAGUCACGAAAACUCCGCCCUGACCCUCACCGACUCUGAGAAUGACAACAAGUCUGACGACGAAUCAGAUGAUGAAGAGAAUGAUGAUCCAUUUGGAGACUAUGUGAUCAGUCGCCCAAUGCCUCCAACCUCUUCCUCUUCCCUCCUCCCUCCGUCCCAUCCGUCCUCCUCGUCCGCCCCACAUCACCCAUCCCCUGGCCCGUCUCCGCCCAUCAGGGAGUGCCAGGUUCCCCUCCUGGAGAAAAACUCCACCCAUUCUCACCUGGAGCCCCACCCAGAAGACUCAUAUUUGCUCCGGGCCCAGCCGUCCUCCACGGGGGUCGCCAACCACCACACCCAGUCCAAACUACGCCCUCCACUGCCCCCUCCACACAACCAUCACACCUUGUCGCACCAGUCUGCAAACAGCCUAAACAGAAACACCCUGCGAGCGGGACGCAACCCCAUUCACGCACCAGCACCUGGAACCGGAGACGGACCCACCACUCCCGAGUCUGUGCAGCUCCAAGACAGCUGGGUGCUCAACAGCAAUGUCCCACUAGAAACCAGGCACUUCUUAUUCAAGACAUCGUCCGGGACCACCCCGUUGUUCAGUAGCUCGUCUCCCGGCUACCCUCUCACUUCUGGAACAGUGUAUUCUCCGCCCCCUCGCUUGCUACCCAGAAACACAUUUUCCCGAUCGGCCUUCAAGCUAAAGAAGCCUUCCAAGUACUGCAGCUGGAAAUGUGCCGCGGUGACUGCCAUUGCUGCAGCUGCCCUGCUGGCCAUCCUAUUGUCCUACCUUAUCGCAAUCAACCUGCUGGGUUUGACAUGGCAACUGAAGCCAUCGGACAGCCCCGUGUUAAACAACGGACUGGGGGCCGCUGUGCCUGUGAACAGUGAUGUGCCCACGCUGCCUUCUGGAGGCAGAGUGUCUUUCCCCCUCACUCCAGGUCCAUGGGCGGGACGGAACAGCAGCAUAGACACAGGCGACAUUGACGUAGGGAGGAGAGUGACCCAAGAAGUCCCGGCUGGUGUAUUUUGGAGGUCCCUGCUGUACCUCAGUCAAGCCCAGUUCCUCAAGUUCAACAUUUCCUUGGGCAAGGAUGCCCUUUUUGGAGUUUAUAUUCGUAAGGGCCUGCCCCCCUCACAUGCACAGUAUGAUUACAUGGAACGUUUGGAUGGGAAGGAGAAGUGGAGUGUGGUCGAGUCUCCACGUGAGAGGAGGAGCAUCCAGACUGUGGUCCUUAAUGAGGCGGUGUUUGUCCAGUACCUGGAUGCUGGAGCCUGGCAUCUGGCCUUUUACAAUGACGGUCGUGAGAGGGAGACAGUUUCCUUCAGCACAAACAUCAUGGAUUCCGUGCAAGAGUGCCCGCGCAAUUGCCAUGGUAACGGAGAGUGCAAUUCUGGCGUAUGCCAUUGCUUCCCAGGAUUCCAUGGUAUGGACUGCUCCAAAGCGGCAUGCCCUGUGCUGUGCAGUGGCAACGGCCAGUACGACAAGGGCUUCUGUGCGUGUUACAGUGGCUGGAAAGGACCUGAAUGUGAUGUCCCUGUCACACAAUGCCUUGACCCUCUUUGCAGCGGCCACGGCAGCUGCACCAAUGGCAACUGUGUGUGCUCCAUCGGUUACAAAGGGCAGAGCUGUGCUGAAGUGGAUUGCCUGGACCCGACUUGUUCCAACAAUGGCAUCUGUUUGAAUGGGGAGUGCCACUGUAAGCCAGGCUGGGGAGGUCUCCACUGUGAGCUGCCCCGGGCUCAGUGUCCGGACCAGUGCCAUGGCCAUGGUGCCUUCAUCCCAGACACCGGGCUGUGCAGCUGUGAUCCUAACUGGAUGGGACCUGACUGCUCUAUGGAGGUGUGUUCCGUAGACUGUGGAACGCAUGGAGUGUGUAUGGGUGGAGCUUGUCGCUGCGAGGAUGGCUGGACGGGUGCAGGCUGUGACCAGCGUGUGUGCAACCCGCUUUGCAUCAAACAUGGAACCUGCAAGGAUGGCAAGUGUCAGUGUCACCAGGGCUGGAAUGGAGAGCACUGCACCAUUGACCAUGGGAGCAUGGUUGACAAAGCAGAUGGCUGUCCUAACCUAUGUAAUGGGAAUGGGCAGUGCACCAUGGGACAGCAGAGUUGGCAUUGUGAAUGUCAAACUGGUUGGAGGGGCCCUGGGUGCAGUGUUGCCAUGGAGACCUCCUGCGCCGACAACAAGGACAACGAAGGAGGUGAACAGGGGCAAACAGAAAAAAAUGCAUGGAUGGUGAUUACCAUUUGCAAAAAAAGAAAAGAUGGACUAACAGACUGCAUGGACCCAGAUUGCUGUAUCCAGAGUCCCUGUCAAAACAGUCCACUGUGCCGAGGCUCCCGCGACCCUCUGCAAGUUAUUCAACAGAUCCCCUUGUCCCAGACCCGUGUCCACUCCUUCUACGACCGUGUCAAGAUGCUUGUGUCACGGGAUGGCACCCAUGUCAUUCCUGGAGAAAACCCUUUCAACUCCAGUUUGGCAUCUCUUAUCCGGGGUCAGGUGUUGACGACAGAUGGAACACCUUUGGUGGGGGUGAACGUGUCUUUUGUCAACUACCCCCACUACGGAUACACGCUGACGCGACAGGAUGGAAUGUUUGACCUGAUAGCUAACGGUGGGGCAUCACUGACUCUGCGAUUCGAACGUGCCCCCUUCCUGAGCCAGGAGCGCACCGUGUGGCUGCCCUGGAGCCAGUUUUAUGCUAUGGACACUGUGGUGCUUAAGACAGAAGAGAACACAAUCCCUGGCUGUGACCUGAGUGGCUUCAUCAGGCCUGAUCCUCUUGUGAUUGCAUCCCCUCUCUCCUCCUUCUUCAGCUCCAAGCCAGGGGAGAAACCCAUCAUACCGGAGACACAGGUGCUGCAUGAGCAAAUUGAGGUGCCUGGCACAAGUCUAAAGUUGUGCUACCUAAGUUCUAGGACACAGGGUUACCGCUCCCUGCUCAAGGUGACCAUGACCCCUGCCAUGGUGUCCAUGGGUCUGCUGAAGGUUCAUCUCAUGGUCGCAGUGGAGGGCCACCUCUUUCAGAAGUGGUUCCAUGCCUCGCCGAAUUUAGCCUACACUUACAUCUGGGAUAAGACGGAUGCGUAUGGGCAGAGGGUCUACGGCCUUUCUGAGGCUGUUGUGUCUGUGGGCUAUGAGUAUGAGUCAUGUGCCAGUCUCAUUCUGUGGGAGAAAAGGACCGCCAUCCUGCAAGGCUACGAACUGGAUCCCACCAAUCUGGGUGGCUGGUCACUGGACAAGCACCAUAUACUCAACAUACGAAGCAGCAUUCUUCACAAGGGAAGUGGAGAAAACAUAUUUGUGGCAGAGCAGCCUCCAGUCAUCAGCAGCAUUAUGGGCAAUGGUCGCAGGCGAAGCAUCUCCUGCCCCAGCUGUAACGGCCUCGCGGAUGGCAACAAGCUGCUCGCACCAGUCGCCUUGGCGAUGGGCAUCGACGGCAGCCUCUACGUGGGGGACCUCAACUUCGUACGCAGGGUUUUCCCAUCCAUGAACACCACUGGCAUUCUGGAAUUAAGGAACAAAGAUUUUAGACACAGUAAUAAUCCAACAAAUAAGUACUUCCUGGGAGUUGAUCCAUUAUCUGGGGCAGUGUUCAUCUCAGACACCAACUCACGACGAAUUUAUCGUGUUCGAACAUUAACGGGGGGCCGCUUGCUGUCUGACAAUGCUGAGGUUGUGGCUGGGACCGGAGAGCAGUGUCUGCCCUUUGAUGAACGCUGUGGCGAUGGCGGCAAAGCCACUGAAGCUACACUUAUGAGCCCAAAAGGUAUCGCUGUGGAUAAAAAUGGGCUCAUGUACUUUGUGGACGCUACUAUGAUCCGUAAGGUGGACCAAAACGGCGUCAUCUCCACUUUACUGGGGGCCAACGAUUUGACUGCCGUGCGACCACUGAGCUGUGACACCAGCAUGGACGUGAGCCAGGUACGCUUGGAGUGGCCCACCGAUUUAGCAGUGAAUCCCAUGGACAACUCUCUCUAUGUCCUGGAGAACAAUGUCAUUCUGCGCAUUACUGAGAACCAUCAGGUGAGCAUCAUAGCAGGUCGGCCUAUGCACUGCCAGGUGCCAGGUAUUGACUAUAGCCUCAGCAAACUGGCUAUCCAUGCUGCUCUUGAAAGCGCCACAGCAAUUGCACUGUCCCACACUGGCAUUCUAUACAUCGCUGAAACAGAUGAGAAAAAGAUUAACCGAGUUCGACAGGUAAGCAACAAUGGAGAAAUCUCACUUUUGGCUGGAGCUGCCUCUGACUGUGACUGCAAGAAUGACGUCAACUGCAACUGCUUCUAUGGCGACGAUGGCUAUGCCCCGGAUGCCGGCUUGAACUCUCCUACCUCCUUGGCAGUGUCCCCUGACGGGACGCUCUUCAUUGCAGACCUCAACAACAUACGAAUCAGAGCUGUACGAGCCAAUCGGCCCGGUCCUGCCGUCUCUCGCCCAGUAUUUGGAGGAAUUGGUGGGGCGCAGUAUGAAGUGGCCUCACCCAGGGAACAGGAGCUGUAUGUCUUCAAUAGAGAGGGGCUCCAUGUUCAAACCAUUAGUCUUGUGACUGGAGAGCCGCUCUAUAACUUCACCUACGGUUCUGAUGGCGAACUGGCAAGUCUGGUCGACAAUUGCAACAAUACAGUCAAAAUAAGGAGGGAAGGGCUGGGCCAGGGAGGAGGAGCCGGCCUACUUCGACUGGUGCUCCUGCCAGAGAAUCAAGUGGUGACCUUGGGACUGGACCCAAGCGGAGGACUGCGUAGUGUGUCAGCCAUAGGCCAAGAGUUUGCCCUCAUGGGCUACAGCGGCAACACAGGCCUGCUCGCCACUAAAGCUGAUGAAACUGGAUGGACCACUUUUUACCAGUACGACAGCGAGGGUCGCCUGACCAAUGUGACAUACCCCACGGGCAUGGUGACGAGUCUCCAUCGUGAGAUUGAACGUUCUAUCACCAUCGAUAUCGAGAGCUCCAGCAGAGAUGACGACGUGACUGUUAUCACCAACCUGUCCUCUGUGGAAGCAUCAUACACUGUGGUACAAGACCAGGUAAGGAAUAAUUACCAGAUGUGCAACAAUGGGACCCUGAGAGUGAUGUAUGCCAAUGGAAUGGGGAUAAGUUUUCACACAGAGCCCCACAUCCUGGCAGGGUAUGUCAGCCCUACUAUUGGCCGCAGGAAUAUAACGCUUCCUACAGACAAUGGCCUAAAUUCCAUUGAAUGGCGUCUGCGUAAGGAGCAGACCAAAGGAAAAAUUACAGUGUUUGGCAGGAAGCUAAGGGCACAUAGUCGCAACCUCCUCUCCAUUGACUUUGAUCGUAACACGCGCACAGAGAAGAUUUACGAUGAUCACCGCAAGUUUACACUGCGCAUCAUGUACGAUGCUCAGGGCCGGCCGGCUAUGUGGUUGCCUAGCAGCAGCCUGGCAGUGGUCAAUGUGUCCUAUUCAUCCACUGGUCAGCUUGUUGGCCUGCAGAGGGGGGGCAUGAGUGAGAGAACUGAGUUUGAUCCCCAUGGACGCAUCCUGUCUCGCUCUUUUGUGGAUGGGAAGGUUUGGAGUUACAGUUACCUUGAUAAAUCCAUGGUAUUAUUGCUGCAGAGCCAAAAGCAGUACAUCUUUGAGUUUGAUACCUCAAACCGGAUCACAGCUGUCACCAUGCCAAGCGUCGCCCGCCACACCAUGUUCACACACGUAUCCAUCGGAUACAUCCGCAACACUUACAACCCACCGGAGAGCAAUGCCUCCAUCAUCCACGACUUCACCGAAGACGGCAGGCCUCAGGCCACACAUUACCUGGGCACCGGCCGGCGUGUCCUCUACAAAUACGGCAAGCUGGCCAAGUUGGGCGAGAUUGUGUAUGACAGCACUGCUGUCACAUUUGGCUACGAUGAGACAGCAGGCGUGCUGAAGAUGGUCAAUCUACAGAGCGGUGGCUUCUCUUGUACCAUCCGCUAUCGUAAAAUGGGCCCGCUCAUCGACAAGCAAAUCUAUCGCUUCAGUGAGGAGGGGAUGGUCAACGCAAGGUUCGAUUACGCCUACCAUGACAACAGCUUCCGAAUUGCAAGCAUGAAGCCAGUCAUCAGUGAAACGCCUCUACCCGUGGACCUCUACAGAUAUGAUGAAAUCUCUGGCAAGGUGGAACACUUUGGAAAGUUUGGAGUCAUUUACUAUGACAUUAAUCAGAUCAUCACCACAGCUGUUAUGACGCUGAGUAAGCAUUUCGACACCCACGGACGCAUCAAGGAGGUCCAGUAUGAGAUCUUCCGUUCCCUCAUGUACUGGAUGACGGUGCAGUACGACAGCAUGGGACGGGUGGUAAAAAGGGAGCUUAAAAUCGGGCCCUAUGCCAACACCACUCAGUAUCGCUAUGAUUAUGAUGGAGACGGACAGCUCACUGGGGUCAAGGUGAACGACUGGUCAACAUGGCGUUACAGCUAUGACCUGAACGGUAACCUUCAUCUGCUGAACCCUGGGAACAGCGCUCGGAUCAUGCCGCUGCGCUAUGACCUCCGUGAUCGCAUCACACGGCUGGGAGAUGUCCAGUACCGCCUGGACGAGGAUGGUUACCUCAGCCAGCGCGGUUUUGACAUGUUCGAUUACAAUUCAAAGGGUCAGCUCUUGAGGGCCUACAAUCGGGGCCCUGGUGGCUGGAGUGUUGUUUAUCACUACGAUGGGUUGGGCCGCAGGGUCUCGACAAGGAACAGCCUUGGUCAGCACCUACAGUUCUUUUAUGCUGAUCUCAACCACCCAACUAGAGUGACACACAUUUUCAACCACUCAAGUUCAGAAAUCUCUUCACUCUACUAUGACCUCCAGGGCCAUGUCUUUGCUAUGGAGGUAAGCAGUGGAGAGGAAUAUUACAUAGCAUCUGACAACACCGGCACACCGUUGGCUGUUUUUAGCAGCAAUGGACAGAUGAUCAAACAAGUGCAGUACACAGCAUAUGGAGAGGUUUAUUUGGACUCCAACCCAGAAUUCCAGCUUGUGGUCGGAUUUCAUGGUGGUCUGUAUGACGCCCUGACCAAGCUGGUCCACUUCACCCAGCGUGACUAUGAUGUCCUGGCUGGGCGCUGGACUUCACCUGACUACAGCAUCUGGCCCAAGAUUGGCAAAGAUCCCGCUCCAUUUAAUCUAUACAUGUUCAAGAACAACAAUCCCCUCAGUGACAUGUUAGAUGUAAAAAAUUACGUCACAGAUGUGAAGAGCUGGCUGGUGAUGUUUGGCUUCCAACUUAGUAACAUAAUCCCAGGAUUCCCUCGACACUCGCUCUACUUUGUGGAGCCACCGUACGAGCUGCAGGCUACCCAGCACUGUGAGAAUGGACAGCUAAUCACUGGUGUGCAGCAGGCGGCGGAGCGUCACAACCAAGCAUUCAUGGCUCUAGAGGGUCGUCUUCUCAACAAGGAACGGCGUAGACGAAAGGACAAGCCCGGCCACUGGUUCGGCACCAGCACCCCCAUCAUAGGCCGUGGAGUGAUGCUGGCCCUCAAGGAAGGCAGAGUGGUCGCUGGUGUGUCAGCUUUGGCCAGUGAUGACAGCCGCAAAGUGGCUCUUGUGCUGAAUGGCGCCCAGUACCUGGAAGGCACCCACUACACGCAGGACGGGAAGGACUGCCACUACUUUGUGAAAAUUGGCUCCGCUGACAGCGACCUCUUGGCCUUGGGGCUUACGAAUGGCCGCAAGUCACUGGAGAGCGGCAUCAACGUGACAGUAAGCGGCCGCUCCAGGAGAGGGGUGACGGUGGAGUUUGCAGUGCCAUCGUUUGUACUGAGCAUUCGCUACGGGCUCUCUGCUGACGUGGUGGACGAGGAGAAGGUUAGACUGUUGGAGUUGGCUCGGCAGAGGGCCUUGGCGGGGGCCUGGUCCAAGGAACAGCAGAGGGCCAGAGACGGAAAAGGAGGCAGUCGCCUCUGGACUGAGGGAGAGCGACAACAGCUCCUAACAACAGGCAGAGUACAAGGCUAUGAUGGCUACUAUGUACUUCCUGUUGAGCAGUAUCCAGAACUGGCUGACAGCAGCAACAAUAUCCAGUUCCUUAGACAGAACGAGAUGGGCAAGAGGUAACAGCCCACAAUGCAUCUGUCCUACUCAUCCUAACCCCUUUUUCCCUUCCCAGCCUCCUCGACCCUUUUUCUCUGAAGAUUUCAUCAACAAAUGGGGUUACUCAUGGAACGCUGCAGGGACUUUUGAAAAGAGUGACAGAAAACUACUAUUAAUUUUACUGCCAUAGGCAAAAAAAAAAAAAAAAAAGUAACAUUUCUUUUAAGGAAAAAAAAACUGAAUAAGUGAAAAGGCACUACUUAAUAAAUAAGAAGAUUCCCCUUUUUAAAAAAGAUGAUUGCUAUUUUCACCCAUAUUUUUUGGGUCACACUGAUAGCGCCCAUGAACAUAUGUGGAGCUCCGCUGGCUACUCUCUGUCUCUAAUGGACGCUGAAGGCAAAAGGACAAUAUUAUAGAGCACGCCAGUGUGUUGCCAUGACAACAACACAACUAAGGGAGGAAACCAGUCACAGACAAGGCAAUGUUAAAAAGUUUGUCCAGCACUAUGAGUCGUCACCUUGUCUCAGGCCUCCCAUUGUCCAUCACUGAGCAGUCCUGUGCACAUCCAAGCAAGCAAAAGAAAAGCUGAAGGCCUCCACGAACUGUUAAUGGACCAGAAAGUACACCAUAAAAAGCAAAAUGAAAAAAGAUGGCUAUAUUUGUGGACAGUGGCACCGACACAACAUUGCUUUUUUUUAAACCAGGAAAAUAAACAUGCUACUGCAUAUGUGUCUAACUACACUAAAUUUCAGGAUGUUGCGUAUUCCGUAGAUGCUGUAGUUUUGUACGUUUCAGUCGCAGUAGGAUUGUGAGACGUUCACCAAGGCACUUCUGUACAGAAGCCACCACUCACAAUAAAACAGAAAACAUGCUAAGAUGGUAUUUAUUUUACAUGACUAUUUUUUUUAAUUUAUUUAUUCUUAGAACUAUAUGACAAUCAUGAAUGAGUCAGUUUAAUUCAAAAUGAAUUUUAUUGUAUGAGUUCAUUUUCUUUUGUAAAUCAUGUACGUAUUCAAUGUUCAUUUUGUUUUUGUAUUAUUUUAGAUUGCUACCAGGGCAAAUAAUAGUCACUCUCUAAAAUAAUAAUUUAUGUAAUAAAGUGUUUAAAAUGGUUUAUACUCUAAAUAAAAGUCUUUAAAACUGUGAAAAUGAUUUUUCAAAAUAUAUUUCGAUGUACAGUGUAUAGACUUACCUUUAUGCAGCACAGUAGAAUAUUGUUCAGAAUAUCGAGUUUUAUAUUUCUAAGAGGAAGUGGCUUGUAAUGUGCAAAAUCUUUGGCUGGUAUUACUACUCUAGAGUUUUGUGGCACUCUGAUAUUGCAUAUCUAAAGCAUUGGUCUGCAGUUUUUAUGUUUGUUUGUUUUUCUUCAUUUCUUUGUUUUUGGAAACAAAGAUUUCUGACCUAGAUCCCAACAGCAGUAGCAGUAAUGGAUCCUCCUCACUGUGAAGAGACUCGUGAUGGAUGUCAAAUUGUACCAAAUCAGUAUUAUCAAAGGAUACCACGCUCACUAAAACGAGACUCUUCUGGGAACUAAUGAAUAAAACAUGAUUGUUUAUUUCAACCCAACAAUGUCUAGUUCACUUUCAUCUAAUGUUUUUAUUUUUAUUUUUUUGCACUACACAGUAAAUAUUCAUGCUUUCCCCCUUUUCUUGCUAAUUUCAACAGAGUCUACAUACUUUGAAAAGCAAGUCGUAUUUUAAAGCAAUCCGAGCUGAUGGUACCAGACAGUUCAACUGAUUUUAACAGCUUGCUCUUUCAUUGUUUAUUGGAAAUGUCCCUCACACAAUAUUUCUUUUUCAUGUUGUGCUUUUAGGGGGGGAAUAAACUACAUAAGACAAACCAA